AAACACACCGCCCACCUCAACGCGCCAUUUUCUUCCCCCGAAAAAAAAAAACAAAAAAACAAAAAUUAACACAUUUUAGUCAAAGCCGCUUCACUGCAGCUUAUUUCUACCAAAAUACUGCUUUUCGUUAGCUAUACAAAAAGAUGAGUGACAUUGAGGACGGAAACUACGAAGAACGGGGGUCACGCUCCCCAUCAAAAUCGGAUCAUGGGAGUCCAUCUCGGGUCAAGUCGGAGAGCAGGUCCGGCUCCCCAAGUCCAUCCCGGGCCUCCAAACGCUCCGAGUCCAGAUCUCGCUCUCGGUCAAAAUCUGGGUCUCGUUCCAGGCGACGCUCAGAUCGCCGGUACAGCCGCUCACGCUCUCGGUCCUAUUCCCACCGGAGGAAGUCCCGCUCUCGUUCCUACACUCCUGAGUACCACCGCAGGAGGAGCCAGAGCACCUCACCUAUGUCGAACAGGAGGCGUCACACUGGGAACAGGAGCCAUGAUUUCACAAAAGAAGCAUACAGUCAUGGUGGUGAUACGGAUGUUAGGGCGAACCCUGAUCCCAGCACGUGUUUGGGGGUGUUCGGCUUGAGCCUGUACACUACAGAGCGUGACCUGAGGGAGGUGUUUUCACGCUACGGCCCUCUAGCCGGGGUCAAUGUGGUGUAUGACCAGCGGACUGGUCGCUCCCGGGGCUUUGCCUUCGUUUACUUUGAGAGGAUUGAGGACUCCAAGGAGGCAAUGGAGCGAGCCAAUGGCAUGGAGCUGGAUGGGAGGCGAAUCAGAGUGGAUUAUUCCAUUACCAAACGUCCCCAUACCCCCACGCCAGGAAUCUACAUGGGCCGACCAACUCACAACGGUGGUGGUGGCGGCGGCGGCGGAGGUGGCGGCGGCAGCGGUGGCAGCAGCAGGAGGGGGAGAGACUCCUAUUAUGACCGUGGCUAUGACCGCUAUGACAGAUAUGAUGAAUAUGACUAUAGGUAUAGUCGCAGGCGCUCUCCAUCACCCUACUACAGUCGAUACAGGUCUCGCUCACGGUCUCGCUCCUACAGCCCACGACGAUACUAAACUGUGGCUUCCAUCAUUCACCGUCCCUCCAAUAAUCGAUGGCGUGUGAUUCAUCAAUAUGUUUCAGAAGGGCAAAUUUUGAAUUGAAUUUAGCAUGUCUAUAUCCGCAGAGUUCUUAAGUUUGAGGUAGUUCUUGUUUACAUGCAAUAGAUGUCUUCACUUUUUAGGCAUUUUGAUGCACCUAUGUUAAGUGUGAGCAAAGACUCUUAAAUUUCCCCUAAUUUUGUGAAGCGUGGAUCCUUUUUUUUUUCUGUUCAUUGACAACUGAUGAGUUAUUGCACUGUUAAUAUCAUUCUCAUCAUGGGGAAGAAGAACUGUGGUAACACUUGAUUUUACAGAUUACUUUUUAUAAGAGAAACUUCCGCCAUGUGCAGCAUAGAUAACAAAUACUUGUUAUUUAACUUUAUCCGAGGUUACUAGUAAGUAGCAGGUAAAUCAGGCUGUAAAGUUAAGUGUUACCACUAGUCAAGUGUUACUUCAUUAUAGUCAGGAAAGUCAUUGUUUGCCGUUUCCAGAGUUUUAAUUUUGCAUAUUGUGUUUUUUUUUCUAUUGUUUCUUUGUUUGGAAAUACAAUUGUAAAAAAAAAAAAAAAGAAGAAAAGAAAGAAAACUCCAAAGUUUGAA